CCCGGCCGCUCGCCCGCUCCGCUCGCCGAGUUAGAUGGUCAGCUAGUUAAUUAAUCAGUCAGUCAAUAGGUCAGUCAAUCAGUUUUGUCAUUUAGUCAGCCUUUUCGUUAAGUCAUUCAGUUGUUUAGUUAUUUCCUUAGUCAGUUAAUCAGUCAGUCAAUUAGUUAGUCAUUUAGUCAGUCAAUCAGUUAUUUGCUCGGCCGGUCAGUCAGUUAAUCGAGCAGUUAGCUCGUUUGUCAGUUAGUCAACUAGUUAAUGAGCCAGUCAGUAGGUCAGUCAGUCAACUAGUUAGUCAGUCAGCCAGAAGGUCUCCUGAUGAUGCGUUCAAGAUGGCUGGGAAAGAAUAAAACACUGAAGCAGGAGGCCCAACUGGAUCUGUCCCUGGUGCUGGAGGUGUACCUAAUCAAUUGUCCAAUCAGUUUGGUGCUGAAUAAUGAAAGAAGAACGUGGCCCACUUUGACGUCCCACAUAGUCGCUUUGGGAGUGCCGGUGGGCGGAGCUUCCAUAUCGCACCUGUGUGCAAUUAUGGCCAAGUGUUAUUUAAGCAGCGGACGAAAGAUGUCAGCUAACCGGAUGACCUCAAAUUGCUCGUCACCGCUGUCGUUUCUCGCCAGCGUCCUCGCGCUCAGUCCGCACCUUCUCGGGGCGUCAGAGAGGCGCUCGGGCGGUGCGGAGGAGGAGGAAGAAGAGGCGGGGGCGGCUCGGUGGGGGUCUGCAUCAUCUUCUGAGCGCAGCGGCUCGCAGUUGAGGCGAGGCGGGCGGCUGGGACGCACGAUCCCGGGGAGCGAGCACGACAUGCGGCCAUUGUGGAUCUGCUGGACGCUGAUGGCGGCACCGCUGCAGGUGGCGGCGGUCUUCGGCGGCGACGAGGCGGGCGGGCCGCCUUGGCCUCGGCCGUGCGCGAGAGGCUUCUCGCGGGACCGGUACACGGUGGAGACGCAGCGCGAGCUGGAACGGGGGCAGGCCGUCGUCAACGUGAGCUUCCAGGACUGCGACAGCGGAAGGAAGGUGCGGCUCGACGCCGACGACGCGUCCGAGCUCCGCGUGAGCCAAGAGGGCGUGGUCUACACGCUGACUCGUGCGGGACGAGGGGAGAAAGCGGCGGUGAUCUACGCCCGAGACCCUCACACCGGACAGACGUGGAAAACCAGAGUGCGCCUUCUCGUCCGGCCCAACACGGCGGCGGGUGGACAGGUGAAGCCGGGUGACGCAACCCUGACUCAGCGCGCGGCGGAGAUGGAGAUGUUGUUUCCAUGGCGCGGCGGCGGCCGAGCGGUCGUCAGGGGCGACGGCGCUCUGCGGCGAGUCAAGAGGGACUGGGUCAUUCCGCCCAUCAACGUACCCGAGAACUCGCGAGGACAGUUCCCCGAGGACCUUGUCAGAAUCCGAUCGGACCGGGACAAGAGCUGGAUGCUGCGCUACAGCGUGACGGGUCCCGGUGCCGACCAGCCGCCGAUGGGCAUCUUCAUCAUCAACCCCAUCUCGGGCCAGCUGUCCGUCACCAAACCUCUGGACCGCGAACACAUUCCCAACUUUCAUUUGCGCGCCCACGCUGUGGACCUGAACGGCAACCAGGUGGAGACCCCCGUGGAGAUCCACAUCAACGUCAUCGACCAGAACGACAACCGGCCUGAGUUCUCGCACACCGUCUUCAACGGCACCGUGCCGGAGGGCUCCAAGCCGGGGACCUUUGUGAUGACUGUGACGGCGCUGGACAAGGACGAUCCCAAGACGGCCAACGGGAUGCUGCGAUACAAGAUCCUGAGUCAGAGUCCCCAAAGCCCGUCCUCCAACAUGUUCACCAUCAACAACAAGACUGGUGACAUCAUCACCGUGGCAGCAGGCCUGGACCGCGAGAAAGUGUCUCAGUACACGCUGAUCGUCCAGGCCACCGACAUGGAGGGCAACCCCACUUACGGCCUUUCCAACACCGCCACCACCGUCAUCAGGAUCACCGACGUCAACGACAACCCGCCUGAAUUCACCACCGACACGUUCUUUGGCGAGGUUCACGAGAACCUGGUGAACGUGAUCGUGACUAACCUGACGGUGACGGACAAGGACCAGCCGCACUCUUCGGCCUGGAACGCCGUUUACCAGAUCGUCAGCGGAGACUCCACCGGACGUUUCUCCAUCCCCACUGACCCUAUCACCAACGAGGGGCUCCUAACCGUGGUCAAGCCCAUCGACUUUGAGCUGACGCACUCGUUCGUGCUGAGCGUGGAGGCGGCGAACGAGGCCACGCUGGUCCGCGGCAUCCACCCGCCGCGCCAGUCCACCGCUACCGUCUCCAUUCGCAUCCUGGACCUCAACGAGAGCCCCGAAUUCAGUCCCAAUCCCAAACCCAUCAAGCUGGACGAGGGCCUGCCCGCUGGCUCGCUGCUCACCACGUUCACGGCUCAAGACCCCGACCGCUUCAUGAGGCAGACCAUCCGGUACUCCAAAAUGUUCGACCCCGCCAACUGGCUGGAGAUCGACCCGGUCAACGGGCGCAUCUCCACCAUCGCCAUCCUGGACCGCGAGUCGCCGUACGUCAAGAACAACCUGUACAACGUCACCUUCAUGGCCGCAGACAACGGUGUUCCACCUGCCAGCGGUUCGGGCACCCUCCAGAUGUACCUUGUGGACAUCAACGACAACGCGCCGCAAGUCUUCCCCAUGGAGGUGGAGAUGUGUGAGAGCCCCGAGGCCGGCGGGGGCAUCAACAUCACGGCCGUCGACCCCGACCUCAGCCCCAACGGCGGGCCCUUCGCCUUCGAGCUGCCGACCCGCCCGUCAGACGUGAGACGCAACUGGACGCUCAGUCGACUCAGCGGCGAGCACGCGCAGCUGCGCCUGCGCGCCGGCAGGUCGCUGCCCCACGGCGCGUACGAGGUGCCCGUCACCAUCACCGACUCGGGCAACCUGCCCAUGUCCAACACGUCGUACCUGCGGGUCAAAGUGUGCCAGUGCGACCACCACGGCGACUGCGUGGACAUGCAGCGCAUCAUGGCCGCCGGGCUGGGCAUGGGCGCCAUCAUCGGCAUCCUCAUCUGCAUCAUCGUGCUGCUCGUGCUCGUGCUGCUGUUGGUCAUGUGGAUGAAGAGGCGGGACAAGGAGCGGCAGGCCAAGCAGCUCCUCAUCGACCCCGAGGACGACGUGCGCGACAACAUCCUCAAAUACGACGAGGAGGGCGGCGGGGAGGAGGAUCAGGAUUACGACCUGAGCCAGCUGCAGCAGCCCGACUCGGCGGCGGAAGGCGAGUGCGGCGUCAAGGCGGGCGUCAGACGCCUGGACGAGAGGCCGCUGCAUCACGACCACCAGUACCCGCUCAGGUCUGCGGCGCCGCACCCUGGCGACAUCGGGGACUUCAUCCAUGAGGGCUUGAAGGCGGCGGACAACGACCCGACGGCGCCGCCCUACGACUCCCUGCUGGUGUUCGACUACGAGGGCGGCGGCUCCACGGCCGGCUCGCUCAGCAGCCUGCACUCGGCGUCCAGCUGCGCCGACCAGGACUACGAUUACCUCGGCGACUGGGGGCCCAGGUUCCGCAAGCUGGCCGACCUCUACGGCGGCGGAGACAACUGAGGGGGGACGCGGCGACCCCCGACCCCGCCGACCCCGACCGGGACGGACCCUUUUAUUUGGGACACUUUGUGACUUCUGCUUGUAUCUCACAUGAACUCUGAGGUCAAAUGUGCCUUUAUGUACAUUCUCUUUUGCUUGCGGUGGCUCUGAUUGGUUGAUUCGGAGCAGGGGUGGGCAAAGUACGGCCCGCGGGUCCCACGCGGGGCCGCUACGUUCUUUAAUCCGUCCCGCCGAGCAUUUACAUUUAGCAAACAAUUUAGCCAGUUUUCCCCAGAAAUUCCAUAUUUAUUCAGUUUUCAUUCGAUAGCUCAUUAAUAAUAGGGACAUUUAUUUACUGUAAAUAAAACUGAGAUAUUAGCAAAAUAACACAGUUAAAUAUUGAUUGAUAGAUUGGAAUUUCAUUUGCUUUAAUAAUUACAAAGAUAAAAAUGUGAAUAAAUUUCUCAUUAAAUAAACAAUUCCACACACUUUACAUGCACAUUGGAAUAGUUCAUUUUAUUUAUUUUAUUAUGUACUUUUAAUUAUGAUUUUUUUUUAAAAAACAAGAUUGCAUUUUAAAUUUUCAUUUCAAUCAAAACUGCUCUUAAGUAUUUUUUAAAAAGCAAAGUUCAAAUGUGUUGUACUUACGAAUACAACUGAACUGUACUUAAGCAUUGGGCUGCACUUGAAAAGUCAAAAAUGUAAAGGCUGUAUGCAUAGCCACAAGCGUCAUUCCAAUAUGUUUGGUUGUAUAUAUCAUUUUGAAUAAAUUAAAAAUACAUUUUGUUUGUAUUUUAUUCAGCGUUUUGUUUGUUUGUUUGUUUUAGUUUUAGUUUUCUCAUGUACCACGAGUUGGUGCCAGUGUACCACUAGUGGUACUCAUACCACACUUUGAGAACUACUGGGUUAAAUAAUUACAAUCAAACUAGUUAUAUAAUCAACAAUUUCACAUGCACAAUUGUAAAACACAUACAAAUGGAAAAUAACAUUAAGUAAAAUGGUAAAAUAUAAACGUUAUGUUAAUACACAAUUUUACAUGUACAAUUCUAAAGUAAAUAAAAAACGUACACUUUUUAUUUCACAUGAUUAAUUACAAUUAAAUGUGACACAGAAUUUUCCCAAAAACUAAAAUGUAAAAUAAGUAUAUAUAAUUGGUUAAUGAUUAAAUGAGUAAAAUAAACAAUUUUACAUGAACAUUUUCACUCGUUUUUUGGGGAAAUUUGGCUCAUGUGUCCAUUUUAAAAAGCAAAAGUGUGCCCACCCCUGAUUUCGAGCAAACCCAGGUCCACCAUUUCGCGUUUGCGUGUGCGCGUGUGACACACUGGCCGGACGAGCGGUGUGAAAGGUCAACAAAAAUGUGUCAGCUUUCCUGUGUAGCUCCACUGCUGCAACUUUGACGUUCAAAACAAAAACAACAGCAAGUCUUGAUCGGCUGUUUUGUGGUACGAUGCUGCAAAAAAUGUGCGCCACGAAAACCGCCGGCAAAGUGAGGCACGCAGCGGAAACACGUAUCAAGUCAAUCGCUCGUGGAAAUUUUGAGUUUGAAAAAAUAACGUAGUAAAAAUGUUGUCAACAUUUUGUUUCAUUCUUUUUGAUGAAGUUUGAUUAGAAAUGAAAAUGUCAUUUCAAAAGAUGAAAUUGCAGUUCAAAAAUGGUCUGCUGCUCUAUUUUUAGUUUAUCAUUUCAAAAAUAAUUUCAAACUUUCAAAAUCAAUUACAGUCAAACUGCAUUUUUUUAAAAUUGGUUAAAAUUAGAUUUUUGUAGUAAAAACGUUGCCAACAUUUUGUUUCAUUGUUUUUAAUGACAUACAAUUAGACAUUAAAAAUAUAAUUUCAAAAAAUAAAACCGCAGUCAAAAAUGGUCUGCUGCUCUCUUUUUCAUUUUUUUAAUAAUUUUUUAAAAACCUUUCAAAUCAAAUUAGACUUAAAUGUUUUUAAUUUUGUAAACCAUUAAUACUUAAAAAAUUGCCUUUACUAAAACUACAUUUAAUUAAUUCAAUAACAAUAUAUUUACAUAGAACCAGUUUAGUCAAGAUCAUGAUUUUUUAUUAAUAAAAUAUAUAAGUACAAAUGUUGUCAACAUUGAGUUAUUUCAAAAAGAAUUCAGAAUUAGAAAGUAAAAAUGAAAAUAUAAAAAAAUAUAUGUUGUAAUCAAACAAUGUAUUUGAAACUAGCAUUUAUGUAAGCAUUUAAAAAUAUUUUAAAUUGAUUUAAAUUAAUGUUACAACAUUUUGAAAUUUACAAAUUAUGUUUUCGGCAUCUUUUCGUCAAUUAUUGAAAAAUAUUAAAACUGCAAUUUGAAAAUGAAAACUUUAAUUUCAAAGUAACAAUUUUAUAAACAAUUUUUUUUUUUUAUCAACAUUAGUAUUUUUUUACUUCGUUUAGUUAAUAAUUAAUGAAUGAAUACAUUUUCCUGCCAAAGUAUUUUUUUUUUCCAGUGACAUUCAGUUUGUUGGUGAAUAACAAAAAGCGUAAUGAGAAUCAGAAUCAGAAUCAGAAUCAUCUUUAUUUGCCAAGUAUGUCGAAAAAAACACACAAGGAAUUGGUCUCCGGUAGUUUGAGCCGCUCGAGUACGACAACAGGCAGUCGAUUGACGGAGAACACUUUGGAGACAGAAAGACAUUGACAAAAAACAGUCACUGAGCAAUAAAGGGUUGCUAGUUAUCUGGUAAUGCCGGUACAUUUAUAAUUUUUUUUGGACAAUUGUGCAAAAAGAUGCUAGAGUCCUCUAGCACUUCGAGCAGUUCGAAUGACUCAUAUUGCAAUAGUCCGCUGCAAUGACCAUUGUGCAAGAGGCGCCGACACUUCAAGCGAGUAGUGCGAUAAUCUGGGACAAUGUCGAUUGUGCAAAUGUUGCAGAUACUCCUCAGUCAGUGUGCAAAUGGAGCAGAUGCUACUCAGGCACAUGAGUGGCCGGUAUUGGUCAACAACAGAUAUGCGAAUAGUGCAGCGUGGCGACACUACUAUAAUUGGCCCCACAGAAAUGUGACGACAAACUCAAGACAAAACAAUUGGCCGCAUGUUGCAAUGGAAUUGUAGGUUAGCUGUUUAAGAAGUUGAUGGCAAGAGAUGUCUGCUAGUUGUCGUUUGCAUUGAUCGACGUAGAGGAGCACCACCAAUUUGUCGAGGGGGCUCAAAUUUGGAGCUGCACACAAAAGGUGACAUGUUUUAGUAUUUGUUUUUUCUUUGGGGCGAGAAGACGUGUACAGUGAACGCGCAACUCUUUUUCUUCUUCACAAAGUAAUUUAUGCAGCCGUCGGCCACCAGAGGGAGCCAUCAUAUCGGCGGUUCCAGUCGGUAGCGCAGAACUUCACCAAACGCCGGACGCCGCCAAACGAAGUGGGAGCAAAAUGUUUUGCUUUUUUUUUUGCCACCUUGCUCUUUUUCUCUGGAACAUUCUCACUGUCAGCUGUACAGAUUGGACUUUUCGUUUCUCUCUCGUGUUCUCGAAAUGCUAAUGACGGCAAUCCUUGUACAUGUUCUUUGGAUUACAGAUUAAAAUGUUUUUGCAUGUU